GUAUUUACGUAAAGUAUAAAAUGCUUUAAAUAAUUAAAAUGAAAAUUUAUAUUGUAUUGCAAAAAAAAAAAGACUUAUUCAAUAAAAAUGAGCACCAACAUGAUUAACUCCGUAGGUUAUCGUGUAAAUUAUAUGAAAUGUGGGUCUGUGGGUCCACACCCAUUACUUAAAUCUAUAUGCAUAAGAAGUUUGGCUUCUUCUAAGACAAAUGAAAUGAAAAUUCAGGAAUGUUACAAUUUAUUAAACCUACCAAUGCAUUCUAAGCAAGAAGCGGUCCGCAAUGCAUUCUUGGAACUUGCCAAAAAAUACCACCCUGACUCUGGAUCUCCUGAAGCUGAUAUGAAUAAAUUUGUUGCAAUUGAGAAUGCAUUUCGAUUCUUAACCAAACACAAUACUGGGGUUGUAAACAAUGAGGAGAUUGACACGAUUGUCUAUGACAUAAGGCAUACAGCACCACAACACAGACAAUAUUUAAGUUUUGAAGGUAUGGGUUAUGGUACACCAUUCCAACGUCAAAAGCAGUGGGCUCAAGCAAAAGCCCAAAAGGCAGCAACUAAUGUCUUAGAACACAGGAUGGCUAAAGCUAUUGCUUCAGAAAACGCACUCAUGAAGAAAGGUGCUACUCCUGACAAAAAGCAUGAUAUUAAAACAAAAUAUGGCUUUGACAGACUAGUUGAGGAUUUGAUACAAGAAUCUAUGUCAAAAGGAGAAUUUGAAAAUUUAAGCGGUAAAGGAAAACCUUUGAAAGACCAGAAUACAAAUCCGUAUGUUGAUUUCAUUACACAUAAAUUGAAUGAGGUACUAAUUAACAAUGGAUUCACACCAGAAUGGAUAACAAUGAGCAAAGAAAUCGAUCAAGAUAUAGAAUUUCUCAAGAGGGAUAUAAGUAAUGAUAGAAAGUAUUUAGGACCAUACCCUCUUAAUGAUAAUGAUGAGACAAAGUGGCAUGACAUCUGUAAAAGUUAUAGAGAUUUUGCUAAAACUAUCAACAGUAAAAUCAAUAAAUACAAUCUGAUUGUACCACUGUUAAAUAAACAAAAGUUUUAUGUUGAAAUUGAUAAGAUUUUAAAUGAUAUACUGAAGAAUGGUGAACAUUCUGUGGAGAAAGUAUCUGUUGAAGAUAACAAUAAGACGGAAACACAUAAUUAUGUCGUGGGAGGUGAAGAUUUAUUGAGUACUUUGAUGAGAGCUAUCGAAGAUGUAUUUCAUCCAAAUAAACAUAAGCGAAAUGUAGAUAAAGACGAGAAAAGAAAUUAGACUUGCAACUUUUUAGUAAAUCUGUUUUGGUAACCUUAAGUCAAUAAAUACAUAUUUCUCACGUUGGGAGUGAAAUAUAAGUAUGCAACUGAAAAAAGUAACAUUUUUUCUCUUCAAAACCUUUUGUGACUCAGCUGUAUAAGCAAUCGACAUCAGGGGACAUAUUUUAAUUGGAUUGGAUUGGAUUUCAGGAGUGAAAAUGCAUGCAUACUUUAUGACACAUCUAGUCUUAAUGUGAUGAAAAUUCUGUGAUAAAUUUACAUACAUUUAACAAAUAAAACUCC